AUGGUCAAAAUCACUGGCUUCACCACGCGGGACGUGAGGUUCCCGACGUCGCUUGACAAGACCGGUUCAGAUGCUAUGAACGCAGCAGGUGACUACUCCUCCGCCUACUGCAUCAUCACUACCGACUCAGAACACUCCGGACAUGGCAUGACCUUCACAAUCGGCCGCGGCAACGAAAUUGUUUGCGCAGCAAUCUCCCUGCUCGCCCCAAUGGUCGUUGGCAAGGAUCUGGACGAGAUGACCGCAGACUGGGGCAAGACCUGGCGGUACCUCGUCUCUGACAGCCAGCUUCGCUGGAUCGGCCCCGAGAAGGGUGUGAUUCACCUCGCCCUCGGUGCUGUCGUCAAUGCCCUCUGGGAUCUGUGGGCUAAGACCCUUGGCAAGCCCGUCUGGCGCAUUGUUGCGGACAUGACCCCCGAGGAAUUCGUGCGUUGCAUUGACUUCCGUUACAUCACUGAUGCCAUCACGCCCGAGGAGGCUAUUAGUCUUCUGAAGGAGGUUGAGUCUGGCAAGCAGGAGCGUAUUAAGGAGGCCGAGGCUAGCCAGGCUGUCCCUGCUUAUACCACCAGUGCCGGAUGGUUGGGAUACAGCAAGGAUAAGCUCAAGUCGUUGUUGGAGCAGAGUGUCCAGCAGGGAUAUAGGCAUUUCAAGCUUAAGGUUGGAGGAGAUUUGGAAGAUGACAAGACUCGCUUGCGUAUUGCACGUGAGGCUAUCGGGUAUGACAAGGGUAAUAUUCUGAUGGUUGAUGCCAACCAGGUCUGGUCUGUCCCCGAGGCUAUUACCUGGAUGCAAGAACUCGCAGAGUUCAAGCCCUGGUUCAUCGAAGAGCCCACCUCCCCCGAUGACAUCCUUGGCCACGCCGCCAUCCGCAAGGCCUUGGCCAACACCCCCACGGCCCUGUGGGCGUCGCCACUGGCGAGAUGUGCCAGAACCCUUCUGCAGGCCGGUGCCUUGACUGUACUGCAGCCUGACGCCUGCCGUGUCGGCGGUGUGAACGAGGUUUUGGCUAUUCUUUUGCUGGCACGCAAGUUUGGCGUGCCUAUCGUGCCGCACUCAGGCGGUGUUGGUCUACCAGAGUACACCCAGCACUUGAGCACGAUCGACUAUGUUGUUGUUACCGGCAAGAAGAGUGUCCUCGAGUAUGUGGAUCACCUCCACGAGCACUUCGUUCACCCAUCCAGCGUCAAGGAUGGUUACUAUUCUACUCCCUUGGAGCCUGGGUACAGUGUUGAGAUGAAGGCUGAGAGUAUGGAUGCUUUCGAGUACCCCGGUCAGGAGGGAAAGAGUUGGUGGAGAUCCGAGGAAGCUAAGAGCAUUAUUGAUGGACCCAGAGUUGUAUAG